AAAGUUGUCUCAUUUUGUGACCCCAUCGCAAGACACGUAGUUGGGGGGGGGUAAAUGUUGUUAUUGUGGAAACUGCAGUUCAGGUGUUUGAUAAAUUUCCUCUGAGAAGAAGAGAUGAAUAAUUCAGGGCCUUUGAGAACAGUGAUUACCGGUGCUGGAAUCAUAUUGGGUGGAAUAGCCGCUUUGAACUUGGCUUCUACUGUGACCCUAAAAACGAUUUCCUUUGUUUCUGAGAAGAAACGGAAAAAGACAGCGUUGCCUUGUAUGGCCUGUAGAGGGAAGGGAUUCUACAUAUGCAAACUGUGCAAAGGGAAUGCCACCAUUUCAUGGUCACCAAUGUAUGAUCCCAUUGCAAUCAACCCUUGCCUUUGUCCUACUUGUGAGGGAAACAGGGUCCAACGCUGUCUGAAUUGUCUGGGAAAAGGCUAUGACUGAUUCCAACGAGCGUCCAAAGGAAGGGUACAAUUCAAAACUUUGGUUGAAAUUUGUGUUCCCCAUUUAAAACACAUAUUGUAAGAGAUAGAUGCUGCACUUCUUAUGUUCAGAUGUACCCUUUUUUAUACAAGCUAUGCACUAUUUCUGGCA